CUUUCAAAUAAAAAGCUUCUUGAUACGCUUAAUUUAUCAGGAUUGUGCAAAUUGGUUGGACUUUCACUCCCAGAGUCCCAGAGAUAUAAACCGUGUAGAAUGAAUCAAGUAAAACCUGGAACUGUCAAAGCUUGAAUGAAAAACACAACAAAACAAAGAUAGUAGCCAAACAUGAAAUGAAAGUAAUAAAAAAACUAAAGAGUGUAAUUUUCCGAACGUAAAGUGAAAACAAUGACUGUGCAACUCUCUCAGGAAGAUGUUAAUUUCAUCGAAAAUGAGUUAUCCUACGUUGAUAAGGUGUCGCUGAUAUUUCUGCUAUAUGGCCAACGAAACCCACAAUAUGCACUACAAAUUCUAAACGUGAGCGGCCGAAUGCUUUCGGACGAGACCAGUUUCCUGGUUGAUUGGACUAACUAUGAGCGAUCAACCUCCUGGGAGGACGAACUGCUCGAAGCAUUGACGAUUUUGGAACAGAAUUUACUGCUGCUGCGAGCCGGGUUUGAUGACGACGAGCUUCGGUCGAAAUAUUUUCCGCAAACUGCAGAAAUAGCGCUUCAUGUACACCCGAUUUUGAAGGGUUUGUACCAGUUUUGUGAACGAUUGGAAGAUAAGACAACCCUGCAGCUGAUUAAACAGCUAAAACAGCACUUGGGGAAUGCAUCCGUGCCGCAGGACUGUUUGGAAAUCGUUCUUUUGCACCUGAUCAGUAAUGAAACGAUCAUCCUGGGUUCGCGAGCAUCGGGAAAAGAGUGUGACCUGGUAGCAUUGACAGCAGCGUGUAAAUCGGCCGAGCUGUAUGACGAAAGCGAUUUCUUAAAGGGAAUAUCGCAGCACUACAACAGUGCUGUAAAAGCAGAACAACAAGUUCAAUCCGAUGCAAGUUCGAAAAACUACCCAAGUGUAGUUCAACAACCGGUCGACGUAGUAGAGGCCCUGACUAAAAUGGUGGUCACAAAAACCAAAACCUCCACCCUCGAAUGUUACGAGUUCGAUCCUCAACGCGCGGGAAUUAUGCUUCUGGUAAACCAGUUUCGUUUCUACCGCGAAACAAAUCCAGAACUUGUUCAUAUGAUACCUUCGAAAGCCCUGAAAGACAGGAAGGGCACCGAAGUGGACAAAAAUGCGCUGGUGCAGUUAUUCACCGAUCUUGGAUACGAAAUAAUAUUAGAGGAAAACAUUACACAUCACCAGAUCGUGCAAGCCGUCCAGCAUGCCGUUCAACGCAUUCGGCCUGCACACUGUUCACUCGUCGUGGGCCUUCUUUCACACGGCCAGGAGGGAAUAGUAUACGGUUCGAAUAGCGUACCGGUGGAGGUAAAAUCGAUUCAGCACCUUAUGGCAAGCGAGCGUCUGACGGGCAAACCUAAACUACUGAUCGUUCAAGCAUGCCAGGGAUCCGAUUUGCAGUCGGCCGUACCGGUUCCGACGUACGAACGCGAUAGUCUUGACUCCGAUGAUCGUACUGCGUCGGUGUUUAUGGACUUUUUGGUUGCUUGGUCAACCGUACCCGGGUUUGCAUCGAUACGGCACGUUGAAAAGGGAUCCUGGUUUAUACAGGAACUAUGUACUAAGCUCCGGCAACUUUAUAAAAGCGAGCAGAUUAUGGAUAUAUUGACAUCUGUGAUAAAUGAUGUUUCGAGUAAACGAGGAUACGGAAACGAGUGUAUGGUACCUAUCAUACAAAGCACAUUGAGUAAAAGGCUUUAUUUUAGGAAACAGGAAUCGUGAAAAGGAAUAUAUUCCAGGUUAUAUACUUAUUUUAUUUCUAUUUUCAUGGAAUAAUAAAAAGAGUUUUUUAGUAUGAUUGUUAA